UAUAUAUAUUAGUAAUGUCCAGCCUCAUGGCUUUUUUUGAAGAAAAUAUCCGUUAUGAGUUAUUAUUUAUAACAUGGGCUCUGUACUUUUGGGAACUCUAUCUGAAUUUGCGUCAGAGAAAAUUGUUACAACGAUUUGUCAACAUACCUGACAAUGUAAAAGAUAUUAUGACCAAAGAUGUGUAUGAUAAAGCACGUCUUUAUGCUUUGGAUAGAAACAAUUAUAAUUUAGUUCAAAAUUUAUAUUCUCAAUGUUUUAAUUCUAUACUUCUAUUAUUCUUUGCGUUUUAUUAUUAUUGGGAAUGGAGUACUCAGUUAGCAAAAUACUUUGGUCUUGAUCAUGAAAAUGAAAUAGUUGUCAGCGCUGUAUGUGUAUCUCUUAAAAUUAUCAUUUCUGAAGUUAUUGAUUUACCUUUAAGUAUAUAUGACACGUUUGUAUUGGAAGAGAAACACGGAUUUAACAAACAGAAACCAUUAUUCUUUAUAAAAGAUCAAUUGCUAAAAGUGCUUGUAUUAGAAAUAAUUGUGGUACCUCUUAUGUCUGGAGUAAUAUGGAUUGUUAUGAAUGGUGGAGAUUACUUCUUCUUCUAUUUAUGGGCAUUUUCUGUCAUUGUAACUUUAUUUAUGAUGAUCAUAUAUCCGGAAGUAAUAGCACCACUGUUUGAUAAGUAUACUCCUUUACCGGAAGGAGAUUUAAGGAAAAAGAUUGAAGCACUUGCUGCUUCUUUAAAGUUUCCUUUGUACAAGUUAUAUCUUGUCGAGGGAUCCAAAAGGUCUUCGCAUAGUAACGCAUAUUUGUAUGGUUUUUAUAAACACAAAAGAAUUGUGUUAUUUGAUACCCUUGUGAAAGAAUAUUAUAAACCAGAUAAAGAUGAUGCUAAUAAAGAUAUUGGUUGUGAGACAGAUGAGGUAUUGGGCGUACUUGCUCACGAGUUAGCUCAUUGGAAGUAUAAUCAUACUUUAAAAGGAUUUUUAUUAUCACAGAUCAACUUCGUCAUAACUUUUGUAGCAUUUGCUAAAUUAAUGAAUUAUACGCCAAUGUUCGUUGGAUUUGGUUUUGAGAAUUCACAACCAAUACUCAUUGGAUUUAUCAUUGUGACCAAAUAUAUCUUAUUCCCACUCAAUACGAUAAUGCAAUUUAUAUCAAUGGUUAUUAUGAGAAGAUUUGAAUUUCAAGCGGAUAAAAUGGCUGUUGAAUUGGGAUAUAGCGAACCAUUGAAAAAUGGAUUGAUUAAAUUACAGAAAGAUAAUUUAAGUUAUCCUUUAUAUGAUAAAUUGUAUUCUGCUUGGAAUCAUAGUCACCCACCUAUUCUUGAGCGACUUAGUGCUAUUGAUAAGGAAGAUUAAUAUUAAUAACAUAAAAUUGAACACAUGAAGAGUAGAAGUGAAUUUCAUUCAACUGGUAAUUAUGAAAAAGGUGACUAAUAGUAUAUACCUUAUAUUGUAUACGUGUGAUUAUAAAUAUACUACAAAUGCUUCCUUUUAAUUAAAAA